ACGGCCAUAUGAUUGAAGUUUAUCUUAUGACGUGUAUCACUUGGGCGGCGUGCGGAGCAGAGCGAGGCAAAAUGUUGAAGUUUCUGUCAAAAGUGAAGAUCGAUUUCAAUGCAUUCGAUCCGCGAGCGGCAUCGGCGCUUGAAUUCCUGGCGCAGUGCAGCUCCCUGAAGGCCAGAGACUCCAACCCCAGCUGCCAGGUUAUUGUCAACAGACGGACGGACGAGCACCAUCCCCAAAUAACCAUCACAUACAGCAAUGGCAUCGAAGAAUCAAUCGACGGCUCCAUAACCAACGCGCAAACCAUUCGCAAAAAGAUUUUGGAAACGGGACGGAUGUUGGAGACGCAACAGAUGUUCAAGGAAGCUGGUCAAUCAUGGCCCGUUAUGAUCCCUGAAGAGGAGCUAUAUCAGUUUGCCAAGCCCACCAAGGCGAAGAAAGCACAAGAGAAAUGAAGGGUCUCGGAAAUGGGUUAUUCUAUAUUCAGGCAUGGAAGAUGAUGGUCUUUCAUCAAGAGGUCCAAUGUUAAAUAUAUGAAAUCUCUUUUGAUUUAUUCCAAUUUAUUCCUAUAUUUUAAUUGGUUCAUUAAAAUCUUCAUUUCAAUGUUUUUAAUCUGAUAAUGGACAAUGUAAUCUUAUUAGACAUGCCACCAUUUCGAGUCUUAUGUUUUUCAUCAUUUUUUAGUA